AGCGAGGGGUUCGGAUCAGGAACGCGCUGCCUAAGAGUGUGGGUCCCGCAGGGCGAGGUCCCACCAGAACCUGAUGAAGAGGACUCGAUUCCCUCCACCUACCACUCAGCAACAGAGGCUCCCUCUGCGGUGCUGGUAACACAGGAACAGAAAGAGGACAGGACACGAGCGGAGGAGCUCCCUGAGCUGGUGCCCAGCGAUACAGACGUCCCAGACCGUGGGGAAGAGGAUGAUGGGGGGAGAGCUGCAUUCAUGGAGACAGAGAGGAGGGGAGAGAAAGCAGAGGGUACAGGAGACCGGGAGACGGUCGCACAACUUCAGGAGCUGGUGGUCCUUUUGAAAUCGGAAUGCGAGGUGCUGAAGACAGAAGUGAGCAGGCUGAACGAGAAGAUAAAGGUGGAGGGAGAAGACUGGCUCCAGUUCCAACAUGACAUGCACCUCGCGGUCACUGUGGCAGACCGCUUGCGCCUAGAGGCCGAAGCGGAGAUCGAGGGGCUGAGGGAGAGGCUGGAGGAGGAGCAGGGGAAGAGCAGGAGGCUGCAGGAGGAGCUGGACGCCACACGGAGGCAUGUUGCCGAUUCAGUGGAUGGGGUGAAGGAGCGUGACCUUCUAUCACUCUCAGUGUUGCAGCUCCCUGGAACCGAGGCAAACAAUGGCCCCCAUUACCGGCCCCAUGUGAGGUGCCACCAUUGGAGUGAGGUGACGUCAUUCUCUGAGGGCGCUGCUGGGAAGUGCCGGAAUCCCUCAGAGACCGAGGAACGUAGUCAGCAGGGGAGCGCACCCUCAGAUAUGAGCCUCACAACGAGAGAGUCUGAUCGCAAUCGGCUGAAGGUGAAGCCAAGACAAGGAGCAGAAAACACGCAAACGCCUCCCAUCACAGAGGCACACGCCAACAGGCAAAGUGUGAAGCUGAAGGAGCCUCUCUCUGACCUGGUGAAGCGCUCAGGAGGUUCAAAGAGAAACACUCUGCUCAAAUGGAGCAAGAUGAAGACAGCGGGAUAUCAGAACAUCGACAUCACCAAUUUCAGUAGCAGUUGGAGUGAUGGCCUGGCUCUCUGUGCUCUGCUUCACACUUACCUCCCAGAUCAAAUCCCAUACCAGGAGCUCCAUGCACAGCACCAGGAGCGGAAUCUGACGCUGGCUUUCAACGUGUUGCAGAGCGUAGGAAUCGAACCCCUCAUGGACGUAGACUCUGCGAUGAGAGGAACAUUUCCCUGGCAGGAUGUGCUGUCGCUGGUGGAGUCCGUUUAUAACCGCUUUGAAACCUGACUGCUCCUGAAUUUCGAAUGAACGGUUUCCCCCUCACAACCCCCCCACCAACCACCCUCCCCUCGAGAGGAGGAAGAACCAGGGUCGGAGGGAUGCGAGGGGGUGGCUGGUGGGAGAGCGGCUGGGGUGGGUGGGGGUGGGGGGAUAAAGGAGGCUUCCAAGGUGCUUGGGACGGGAUCCUAGGUCCACUGCACACGUACCCAAUGACCCCCAUGAGCGCCAAGAACAUCGGACAGCGCAGAGCAAAGGUUCGGACGAGCGAGAGGCAGAGACAGAGAGAGAGAGAUGCCGGACGCCCUCCAGCCAUCUUGGACCCAACACCGUCCGAACGUUCGAAAGAACCCCCCAAGGACCCAACCUGCCCGGCCACGAGUCAGACCACAACCCCCACCGCCCCCCCAACCCGCGUUCAGGAUUCCGGCGAACCUGGCUGGACUUGCUUGAGGAUCCCGGGUCUCAAGAAGCAACGAUUCCCACGUUUCCCACGCGGCGACCCGAAGCACCACAGGCGGACCCGGGCGUUCGCCAGAUCCCUCCUCACCGCUCCACCAGACCUUGCACUGCGUUCCACGAGCACCACGCGCUGCUUUUCCUGGGCGAGCAGCUGGUCGUACCACCCUGGUGGGGGGGUGGGGGGUUGG